AUGAGUAUAAUGGAAGAGCUAACAUUCUUUCUUGGACUUCAAAUUCAACAUUCUGAAGAAGGAACAUUCAUAUGUCAGACAAAAUAUACAAAGGAGUUGAUUCAAAAGUUCGGUAUGAGCAAUGCUAAAGCUAUUGGCACACCAAUGAGUCCUUUAACAAGUCUCGACAAAGAUGAACACGGAAAUCCUAUUGAUAAAACUAAGUAUCGUGGAAUGAUUGUCUCACUUCUUUAUCUAACUGCUAGUCGACCGGAUAUUAUGUUUAGUGUCUUUAAAUGUGCCAAGUUUAAGUCAGCUCCUAAGGAAUCACAUCUGAUUGCAGUAAAGAGAAUUAUUCGAUAUAUCAUUGGAACUGUCUCUCAUGGAUUACGGUAUCCACGAUCUAACAAUUUUAAACUAGAAGGUUUUUUAGAUGCUGAUCUUGCAGGUGAUAAGGAAGACACAAAAAGCACCAGUGGGACAUGCCAAUUACUUGGAAAGGCACUGAUAUCUUGGAACAGUAAAAAGCAAGGAUCAGUCGCAUUAUCCACAACUGAGGCUGAGUAUAUCGCUAGCGUUUGCGAGUAUGGGUAUAUGUGUGUGAAGGGCUCAUGGGUUAAGAAACAAGAAGGUGAGGUCAAACAUGCUCAACCUGAUCCAAAAUCCAAACCCUCUGUUUCCCAUCAUAGUCCCAGUGUCCUUGACCUUGCUGAGAAACUAGUUGCCAUUGACAAUCAGCUGUCCGCCAUCAAAGAUAUUCUUACUGCUACUCAGUCUACUGUUGGAGAUAUUCAUGCAAUCUCCAAAGAGACAGGGUCUGAUGUUUCAAAGAUAAGAGUUGCAGUUCUCAAAGUUAGGGAAAAUGCAAUCAAGGCAUUCAAGGAGGUACACGACAGGCUUGAUGGAGUGACUCAGCCAAUGCCAGCUUUGAUCAACUGA